AUGUCUCAAGGGGUAGGCAAUGUGAGUUGCAUUCUUCCUCUGCUGAUUUCCCACGCUCCAAUGCUGACCACACUGCGAGAUCUGCCCUGUCUGUGCAGACCACACUCGCCUUCACAAGAGCUUGGCACCACGUUUCUGCGCGGGAUCGGGUCCUAGGCAAAUUAGCGGCGUCCAUUGCAAACGUCUUGGUCGGCAAGCACAAGCCGAGAGGUGUCUACGACCAGUCUUUGGAUAGCGGCGAUUAUGUCGUCGUCACGAAUGCUAGGCAUGUGUUGGUGACGGGAAAGAAGGAUCAGCAGAUGGUCUAUAGGCAUCAUACCAUGUAUCCUGGCGGAUUAAAGGAAAUUUCGUAUGCUACCAUGAUGCAAAAGAAGCCCGAUGAAGUGAGUCGUGCUUCAAACGUAGCAGAAACGGGGCGGCGCAUGCCACUGAGGAGAAGCUGCGAGGGAAUCCGCGCACAGAGGCUUUGAAAUCAGAGCUGGACGGGGAUCGUAUGUUGGCGCUCUGCGUACGCAUCACGCAGCAUGUUGCAGAACUCAGCCGAGAGGUGGAGACCAAGACCAUCGCCUCUCGCGCUUCACCAUAACUCGACUCACCCUGCUGACGCUCAUCCUGCCUCCCUUCGUCCGCCUUCUCCAAACACCAGAUCAUCCGUAAAGCCGUGUCCGGCAUGUUGCCAAAGAACAGAUUGAGGGAUAGGCGAUUGGAAAGGCUAAAGAUCUUUCCCGAUGAGGAACAUCCUUACGAAGCAAAGUGAGUCUUUUGCCGCGCCAUUAGCCUACCACGAAGCCAAAGCUGGAGAGGGACUUGCAUUGCUCCCAGGCAUUUCCUCUCGCGAUGGGCCGUGGCCAAAUGGCUCACAACGACCCACCACUGACGCCUCAUGGACUUUUUCGCGCAUUCAGCAUCAUCAAGCGCUACGAUCUGGGUGACAUCUUUGCAGCCGAGGGGCAACCUACCGCUUCGACACGAAGCAAGGUAUCUGAAAGCGGCAGUACGCACACGUCAUGA